AUGACGACAGUACAAGAGACCUGUCUUGACUCCCCGACGAUACCAGAAAGACGGCCACUCCAGAACCCUUUCCUCAAAACCUGCGGUCUCCAAAGAUCGACCAGCGCCCCACCUAGCAGCUGGCAGUCCAGUCCCUUCCGUGAUGCUAUGGCGACUCGCAUUACCGGUCCCGCAAAUUCGCAGCCGCGGUCAGAUCCAGACGGCAAAACCCCAAGAACCACAUACUCCAAGCCCAACACAGCUCGUGCAGCGAGCACGAAGACAUCUCCAUCGUCUGCCGUUGGCCCCCUGAGUUGUUCGAGGCCGGUGUUUGCGGGUUGCAGCGGCACACCCUUAUUAGUUAACAUCGACGACACGCCUCCCGAAGUGCCGCCAAAGUCCCCAUCUAUGGCAUCCCGAGCCUCGCCAGUAAAGCGACCGGUACCACGAUCCAUAAGCUCAGGUACACCGGCGUGCUCGUCUGUGUUACCAAGCGUCCUUGCACCUGCCGGGUUUUUCAUGGGGAGUGAAUCGCCGAGUCAGCAGAGGCAUGGAGCGCCUAGAUGUAUCAAAGCUGCGACUGUUACCGAUUGUUCUACAGUAGAUCGAGGUCGGCAAAGCAAGCGAUCGAACUGUCCCGGACAUAGUCGAGCACAGUCCAGUGCGGAGAGUUGCGACACAGGGAAAGCAGAUGCCUGGGCGCUACCGAUAGGCUUGCGCCCUGCUGAAUUUGUGACGGCCAUCCCUGAGACUGAAAGGGUGACGUUGCGGAAGCAAGCUCUGGGUCAAGCCGAGAAAUUCCAAGUUCUGACCGCAAAAGACGUCGCAUUUCUGUCAAAGGAAGUCCGUGCUCUCGAUGAGAGGUGCAAAUACCUACGCAAGACGUACAACACGCUGCGAGCUAGUCGACAGAAGCUGCAUGCGCAUAUGGUAGCGUAUCUUAGAAGAGACGGAAGCAUGGAUAUUUGCCGUGACAAACUUCUGAAGCAGCAAGAAGCUCUGGUCGAGUUAGAGCUGUCCAUUGAUGAAUGGAUCGUCAAACUCGAGCAAGCCGACAACCGGAGGCUGAGAGCACGGCAGAAGUUACUCGAGCACGUAGCAGCAACCGUUGCUUCGGUCUCGAAGGCAUCCAAUUGCUCAGCUAUGGCCGAGGCGACGCCACCACGGAGUCCUAUCGAUGAACCGCUCGCAGAAGCUUCGAGCGAGCCUCGAACAAACCGACGAGACAUAGAGUCUAUCAGGGUCUACGCCGACUUCCACGUGCUUGACCUCUUUGCAGAGAUCGAACUUGCUAUGCAUCAAAUGUCCGAAACAUGCUGA